AUGAACCGAUUCAGUGCGAUUUUCCUGCUGAUCAGCGUGGCCCUUGUUGCCUGUGAGCCACCAGUUCACGGUGGAUACGGCCACGGUCAUGGUCAUGGCGGUGGUGGUGGAUACGACGAUGGUGGCUAUGUCGCGGUUAGCCCCGGUCAUCAAACAUCGGAAGGUCUGCACGUCGACCACAGCCUACUGCACAAGGUGAAGGAAGCGCUUCUGGAGCACGAGAACUCAGGCUCACACGGAGGUGGCUAUUCUGGCUCACUUUCGACCUCGUACGGACCUCCAUCAGGAUCUUAUGGACCUCCGUCUCCGGUCUAUGGAGUUCCAUCGUACUCAGGACACGGACACGGCAAAACCACUGGCAUUGAGCUAGGACACGUCCAACAGGGCAUCCAGGUGGCAGAGUACUACAAGGCUUCUCACGGACCUUCUCACUCGUCCUACUCCGUACCGUCGUACUCGUCUCACUCGUCGUCAUCAUCCUACUCAGUGCCAUCCUACUCUUCUCACUCUUCUUUCACUCCAUCUCAUGGCUACUCCUCGGGUGGCUCGUCUUACUCUUCCUACUCUGCUCCUUCAGUCUCAUCUCACUACUCUGCUCCUUCAGUCUCAUCUCACUAUUCUGCUCCUUCGGUUUCAUCUCACUACUCUGCACCUUCGGUUUCAUCUCACUACUCUGCUCCUUCGGUUUCAUCUCACUACUCUGCGCCAUCCGUGUCAUCGCACUCGUCGUACUCCGGUCUGUCCUCGUCGUACGGUGUUCCAUCGCUGUCCUCGAGCUACGGUGUGCCAAGCGUGUCCUCGCACUACUCAGCACCUCACUCGUCAUACUCGGCACCAUCCUAUUCGUCUCACUCAGGCGGAUCAUACGCUCACUCAUCGUCUCACUCAUCCGGCCCAUCCUUCGUAGCCAUCCCGUCGUCCUCGUACGGUGUUCCGUCUUUCGGUUCAUCAGGACAUCACCACCGGCCGUCGCACGGAUCGAGCCUGCACUCGCUCACCUCUUACCGACCACCGUCUUCCUCGUACGGACCUCCGCGUUCCACCUACGGAGUGCCGCAUCAUCAUUAA